AUGGGUUGUGCAGUAUCAACAAAAGACAUCAAUCAAGAGUAAUUAACUUUUGAUAUUGAUGAAUUCAAUAAUGAGAAUGAAUAAGCAAUUCUUGAAAUUCAUUCUCAUGUUGAACCUAAAGCCUUAUUGUUACGAACAUAACAAAUUAUUCAUAUCGAUCAAGCAGAUGAUAGCUUUUAUAUCUAUAAUAAAACACCAGAAAACACUAUCCCAACAACCUACUCAAGUUAUUCAGCUUUAACUUCUAAAAAAUCUUGUUUAAAAUAGACAUCUCAUUUUGGAUAAUCAUUUAAAAAAUCUAAAGAAAAGAAUGUCCAUUUUGAUAAUCAAAUCAAAGUUAUAUUUGGAAAUAAAGCUUUUUUAUUUCGAACAGUUAAAAAAACAAAAAAAAAAUGUUCUAAAAUAAAUCUUGAUGAAAUCUUUUGA